AUGCGUCUUUCUGAGAUCCUCGCUGUUGCUCUGGUCACUGGCGCUACCGCAUAUGAUCUGCCGGACAACUUGAAGCAGAUCUAUGAAAAGCAUAAGGGAAAAUGUUCAAACGUACUAGAGAGCGGCUUUACCAACGGUGGACAUAGCGAUGGCAAGUCCUUUGAAUACUGUGGCGACAUCGAGGGAGCAAUCUUUAUGCACUCCUCCGCCAAGGGUGGCCUGUACACGAACAUGGAUGUCGACUGCGAUGGAGCCAACAACUCUGCUGGGAAGUGUUCCAAUGACCCCUCUGGUCAGGAUGUGACCGCCUUCAAGGAUGAGGUGAAGAAGUUCGGAAUUCCCGACCUCGAUGCCAACCUUCAUCCCUACAUUGUGUUUGGAAACGAGGAACACUCGCCCAAGUUCAAGCCUCAGAAGCACGGAAUGGAGCCGUUGAGUGUUAUGGCGGUGGUGUGCAAUGGCAAGCUGCAUUAUGGUAUCUGGGGUGACACCAACGGUGGCACUUCUACUGGCGAAGCUUCCCUUUCUAUGGCGGAGCUUUGCUUCCCCGAGGAGAAUCCCGAUGGCGAUCAUGGUCAUGAUGACAACGAUGUCCUCUACAUCGGAUUCACCGGCAAGGAUGCAGUUCCUGGAAAGAGUGCCAACUGGAAGGCCAAGAAGACCGAGGAUUUCGAGGACAGCAUCAAGUCGAUCGGUGACAAGCUGGUCGCUGGUCUCAAGGCCUAG